CCUGCCGGCGCCUCCUGCCGCAGCCGGGGAGCGCCCAGAGCCGCCGCCGGAGCCGCUCCGCAGCCGCUGCCAGCAUGAACAAGGGCAUCUUGCACACGCUUAGAACGAAAAGAGAACUCAUCCCCCUGGCCGGAAUAUUGUCCUUCGCAGCAGCUGGGGCGUUCUCUUUUUGUAUCUAUUCCCUAUUCUCCAAAUCUGAUGUGAUCAUUCACAAGAUUGGCAGUUCAGAACCAUGGGAAACUAUUGAUCCUGCCAAGCCUCAGAAGCUGGUAACAAUCACUCAGCAGUGGCAACCUAUAAAAGAGCUGGAGGAGGUCAAAAAGCUGACGAAGUGAGAAGUUUCUGUUGCCCCACAAAGGUACCCUAUGAAUCUAGUGGAAUCAUUUCUGCACAAACUUGACUACUGAAAUCAGUGUGCGGAAAUGCUUCUGCUACAUUUUUAGGGUCUCCCUACAUUUUUUUGGCCUCUGGAUGAGGAGUUUGAUGUUGCUUUAGAAGCUGGCAUACAGCAUCCACAUAGUCCAAAAAUCUGAAUCAAAAUACUCAUUUUCAAUAAGCAUUUGAUGUAAAUUUUUGAGUAUUCAGAUGGCAAUUAUGGAUCAAAAAAGCCUUCAUAGUUUUUGUAGCAGUUCAGGAUUUGUUUCAAAAUACAUUCGUUUUGCCAUUUUAUUAAUUUUUAAUAAAAUAAAUUCUAAAUUUGUACAUUUCAUGGAAAUUCAAAAGCCUUUCUAAAUUGGGAAUCCUGGUCUCCUUUCAGAGAUACAGAACUUUCUGUUCUGUAUUUCAAUGUUGUAUAGAGAGAACAAAGUCAUAGCCAGAGGAUGUCUUUGUAUGGCAGCAUAUGUGGUCACACAGUACAUUUGCAUUUCUUGUCUGUGUUAGAUGUGGAGACAGAUUAACAAAACUAAUGUUGUGCUGCAAAUCCUAAAACUUACCUGCUGAGGAGUCCAAUAGGUUAUUUAAGGGUGUAUUUGAGACUGCAGAUUUAGAACCUCAAAAUCUAAGGGUUAAGCAUGGCUAGAAGGAAAAUGAAAAUCAGGUAAAUAUUGUUCAUGAUUGAAUUUUUUUGAAGUUACUAGAAUUAGAAAAUCUGCAUCAUCCAAAACUACAAAGUGUUAAUUUCUUAUUUUUGUGCAAGGUUGUUCAAGUGCAAGCUGCAAUGUACUGCACAAUUAACAAUAUUUUUAAAGAUUUCUACAUUCUAUUAGGAAUAUCUCUUUUAUCAAAUAGAAACUGGCUGAUUAACAUUAGGAAUGAUUCUAUGAAGAGACAGUUCUUCUUUAAGCUUCUGUGUGUUUGAUUAUGGGUUGGCCAGGGAAAGAAUGGAAUGGGCAGGGUCCCAGUAAAAUCAUGAGACAAUAAGUGCAUCCAAUGGCAGAACAGUCCUUUUGUAGAUAUUUUCUGUAUGUGCCCUCUUCCAAGCAGUUUCUCAAUCUAUUGCACAGUUUCUUUUACAAUGGAUGGUCAGAAUUCAUAAUCCUUUCUGUGAGGAAGAAAGCAAAAGUGAAACAACUGCUAAUUGGGAAAAGUCCCCUUAAAUGAGUAAUGGUCAAAUGCUUUAGGUUAUUCUGCAACAAAGACAAACUUCAUUUAGAAAAGCUGUCUCCUGAAUUCCAAGGUGGCUUGGCUUCAGAAGCUGUUUUCUUCAGCUGAGAAAAAAAAUAAUCUAAAUGUUGCAUAAAUAUUUGUUUAUCUAGUAAGGAUGACUCAGCAGCAUUUCUGCUUUAGAGUGAGAGGAACUACUAGUCUUCAGAAUAAGUCCUUAGCUUGUGUUUAAGGAAUGACAUUGCAAGAAGAUUGAAUAUCAUAGAACCACAAAAAUACGGAGCUCUGAGGAAUACAAGUUUUAAAUGUUUUAAAACAGAAAAUAUAUUAAAAUCUUUUCUCUGUAUUUCCAUAUUUCUACUGGACUGUAGCAAAAGCAAAGUGCCAUGCUCCAAGUUGAUGCAUUAAUUGUUUUUCAAUAAGUCACUUUUUUUAGCUGCAAAUACUAUGACCUAAGUAUCUGUCAACAUUGGGAAAAUAAGUGUAAGUAAAUUGUAGUUAAUUUUUGUAUUUAGCCACAUUUCAGUGAUGUUUCCAUUAGCACAUUAAGCAGUGUGACUGCUGUCAGUCAUAGGUUGUUGCUUAUUUUAUCGUGUCCUGAAGCAUAACAGCUGUGCUAAUAAAUCUGUUUUCCUUUGUAA